AUGGCCGAGUCCAAAAUUUUAGUAGCUCAGGACGAGUUCAGCUGUUCAGUCUGUCUGGAAACACUGAAGGAUCCAGUUGCUAUUCCAUGUGGACACAGUUUCUGUAUGGUGUGUAUUAAUAACUGCUGGGAUCAGGAGGAUUAUAUGGGAACAUACAGCUGUCCACAGUGUAGAAAAACCUUCACUCCAAGACCUGCAGUGAGUAGAAACACCAUGCUGGCUGGAGUUGUGGAGAAACUGAAGAAAACAGAACUUCAAGCUCCACAUCCUGGUCACUGUUCCGCUGGACCUGAAGAUGUGGAGUGUGAUUCCUGUACAGAGAGAAAAUCCAAAGCUGUUAAAUCCUGUCUGGUGUGUUUGGCCUCUUUCUGUGAAACUCACCUUCAGCCUCAUUAUCAAAUUCCUGCUUAUAAGAAUCACAAGCUGGUUAAAGCCUCCAGACGACUCCAGGAUCAGAUCUGCUCUCAGCAUGAUAAACUGCUGGAGGUUUACUGUCGUACUGAUCAGCAGUGUAUCUGCAUAAUGUGUACCAUGGAUGGUCAUAAAGGACAUAAUACAAUAUCAGCUGCAGCAGAAAGAACUGAGAAACAGAAGCAGCUGCUGGAGAUCCAGAGAAAAUUUCAGGGGAAAAUCCAGAACAGAGAGAAGGAACUUUGUGAGCUGAUAAAUGCUGUGGAGUCUCACAAGUGUUCUGCACAGACAGCAGUGAAGAACAUUAAGAGGAUCUGUACUAAACUAAUCAACUCAAUUAAGAGAAGAUGCUCUGAGCUAAAAGAUCUGAUCAGAGAUCGAGAGACAGCAGAAGUAAGUCGAGCUGAAAAAGUCCUGAAACAGGUGGAGCAGGAGAUUGUAGAGCUGAAGAGGAAAGAUGCUGAACUGGAACAGCUUUCACACACAGAGGAUCCCGUCCAUUUCCUCCAGAAUUUUCAGUCUCUCUCGGCUCCUGUUGGAUCUGCAGAAUCAGCCGCCAUCACAAUCAGUCCUUUCCUCUCAUUUGAUGACAUUACAAAGUCUGUAUCUCAGCUGAGAGAGAAAGUAGAAGAAUUCUGGGAAGAUCAGUGUGAGAAGAUACCUGAUGGAGUGAAGAAAGUCCGGAUUACUUCACCUCCUGAACCUGAAAUCAGAGAAGAUUUUCUACAAUAUGUUUGUCGGUUCACACUGGAUCCAAACACAGUAAAUAAAAACCUCCGUCUGUCUGAGGAGAACAAAGUGGUGACCUGCAGUAGAACAGAACAGUUGUAUCCUGAUCAUCUAGAUAGAUUUAAAUCACCACUAGAUGAGGAUGAUGAACUCCACAUGAUUAUAAACUCCACUUUAAAAGUCAGUUAAACGGUAAAGAUUUUAAUUAGGCUUUUUCAGUUUAGUUAAUAAUAAAUGUAGUACAAGGAGACCUUUGAUUUUCAAAGGCAGUUAAACAAAGUUACCUGCUGAUAUCUGUGGUAACAUUUUGUAAUAUUUAUUUGUUCUUUCCUAUGUACCAGAAAAGUCGUCAUUGAUGCCUGCAACACCUUAC